CCAACGUCUGAAUCCGUCAUCACCUGCAACGGCGAGUCCGUCAUAGUUCCCAGCAGCCUGGUCCGAAUUUUGACUCACUUUUGCAAGGAGACGCAGGAGAAGUAUGUCUGGAUCGACUCAUUGUGUAUCAAUCAAGAAGACAUGGUUGAAAAGUCCGUUCAGGUUCGCAAUAUGCUGAGGAUAUUCGAGAAAGCUGACAAGGUCAUCGCAUGGCUGGACCAUCCACAUACGCUCACCAGCUUGCCCCUAACCGAAGCGGAUCUGCGUUAUUGCGACGGACUGAUACACAAAUCUGAAUGCUUUCAUGCUUUUGAGCACCAGCACCGUACUCUGAUGCAACUUGCUUCUGCGGAACUAUGGUCUCGGACGUGGUGCCGCCAGGAGGUUCUCGCCGCCGUCCAUCUGACUCUU